CACCAGCCCCGCCCACGAAGCUCCGGGACCUCUCGCGCUGUCCCCGCUGCUACUUCUCGACUGUCUCGGCUGCUCCUCUGAGCUAUGGCGUUCGUGACCAGGCAAUUCGUGCGCUCCAUGUCCUCUGCUUCCUCUGCGUCGGCGGCCGCCAAGAAGAUCCUGAUCAAGCAUGUGACGGUCAUCGGCGGCGGGCUGAUGGGCGCCGGCAUCGCGCAGGUAGCUGCAGCCACUGGCCAUACAGUCGUGUUGGUGGACCAAACGGAAGACAUCCUGGCAAAAUCCAAGAAGGGAAUUGAAGAGAGCCUAAAGAGAAUGGCAAAGAAGAAAUUCACAGAAAACCCUAAAGCUGGGGAUGAGUUUGUGGAGAAGACCAUGAGCUGCCUUUCAACCAGCACUGACGCAGCGUCUGUGGUGCACAGCACAGACCUGGUGGUGGAGGCCGUUGUGGAGAACCUGAAAUUGAAGAAUGAGCUCUUCCAGAGGCUGGACAAGUUCGCAGCUGAACAUACCAUCUUUGCCAGCAACACGUCUUCUUUGCAGAUCACGAGCAUAGCCAAUGCCACCACCAGACAAGACCAGUUCGCUGGCCUCCACUUUUUCAACCCCGUCCCCAUGAUGAAGCUCGUGGAGGUCAUUAAAACACCAAUGACCAGCCAGAAGACAUUUGAAUCUCUGGUCGACUUUUGUAAAACCUUAGGAAAGCAUCCUGUCUCUUGCAAGGACACUCCUGGAUUUAUCGUGAACCGUCUCUUGGUGCCAUACCUCAUAGAAGCCAUCAGACUGCACGAGCGAGGCGACGCGUCUAAGGAAGACAUCGAUACGGCGAUGAAGCUGGGCGCUGGGUAUCCCAUGGGUCCGUUCGAGCUCCUUGACUAUGUUGGACUGGACACUACAAAGUUCAUCUUAGAUGGGUGGCACGAAAUGGAUCCACAGAAUCCCUUAUUUCAGCCCAGUCCUUCCAUGAAUAAUCUGGUGGCUCAGAAGAAGCUGGGCAGGAAGACCGGAGAAGGAUUUUACAAAUACAAGUGAUGCUUCCCCCAGCAGUACCUCCAGCCAGCCACGGGCCAAGGAUGAGCGCACUGUGGGUGGGGGUUCGAGGCCUGCCGAGGGCUGCUCAGUGGGCUCUUCCUCACAGUCUCUCUGAAGUCAUCUUUUGACUGGUUGCAGCAAUGGGGUGCCUCCACUGAGUUCUAAUUCUCUAGUUUAGUCUGUUCUCUGUGAAUUUUUCUGAAAAGCAUUCAUUAUACCCUUGGUGCCUUGGAGCAAACAUCUUUUUUUUUUCUGAACCUUGCUACUUUUUGUAAAAAAAAAAAAACAUUGCUUAGACUCA